AUGGACCUGAGCACGAUCCUGGGGAGCGAACCCAUCACAGACCCUGACCAAGAGGCCUUUGUAGUCUUUUCGCAAGAGAUUCCUUCUUCGAGCCUGGGCAUCAUCGACGCGCAUGCGGAGAUGCUGGAGCUUACUGUCGCCCGUGUCGACCUGGUCAUCCACCAGAGCAGAGGUCUGCUGACGAGCGAUCGUAAGGCGGGGACCACGGGUGCAGUGGUUUGGGCUGUCACCCCGCGCUUCGCAGAAUGGAUCGCCGCGGCAGACAAUCUUCUCUUUACAUCAGGCCUGUUGUCGCCAAAUUCGAAAUGCAUAGAACUUGGAUCAGGUAUCUCCGGCAUCGUAGCCCUUACGCUCGGUGCAAAAAUAGCACAAUUCACAGCAACUGACCAAGACUACGCCAUGAAGUUACUGCGCCAGAACAUCUCCUCCAACCUCGACGCCGUCUUCCCAGCGUCCAAGAGGGGAGGUAAAAGUAAGCAGAAGUCACAAACUUCGAGUCAGAACAGCAACCGCAUCAAAGCCGACAUCCUCGAUUGGGAAGAGGAUUCCGUCGAGCAGCGGGAGCCAGUCGACCUCGUCGUAGCUUGCGACUGCAUCUACAACGAAGCGCUCAUCGAGCCUCUGAACACAACCUGCGCAGCCAUCUGCAAGCUCAACACAGACGCCGAGCAGCCCACAUUGUGCAUGGUAGCACAGCAGUUGCGUUCUCCUGAUGUCUUCGAGGCCUGGCUGAAGAGCUUCCACCGCCUGUUCCAUACGUGGCAAGUGCCUGACCAGUAUCUGACCACGGGACUAAGAGAGAACAGCGGGUUCAUCGUGCAUAUUGGCGUUGUGCGGUGA